AUGGCUGUACCAAAAAAAAGAAGAAGUUUAAGUAAAUGUAGAAAAAGAAGAAAUACAAUUUUUUUUGAUAAACUAGUGGGAAAUUGGCUAAAAAGAAGAGAAUGGUUUUUUAGGCAUUCUUAUCAAAAGACAGUACUACCUAUUGAGCAAGAACCUGAAAUAUUUAAAUUUCCUGGUUUUUGGCCAAAUAA